GGGCUCGGCCCUGCCCAGCGCUCAGUCCUGCCUGCGGAGCGGGCGCCAUGCGGGCCGUGCUCGCCGCCCUGCUCUGCCUGGGGCUGUGUCUGAGCCAGGGAGUCAGCACCCGGAAGCAGACGCUGGCCAAGCCCGUCAUCUGGGCGGAGCCCACUGCCCUGGUUCCGAACGGGACGCCGGUGACCAUCUGGUGCCAGGGCGCGCUGGACGCUGAGGAGUUCCAGCUGCAGUUUGAGGGGGGCCUCUUUGCCUCCGAGAGGCCGAAGGCCCCCGGGCGGAGGUGCAAAGUGGACAUCCGCAUCCAGGCCAUGAGCUCCCGCACCGCCGGCCGGUACAGCUGCAGCUACCGGCAUGCGGGGCGCUGGUCGGAGCCCAGUGACGCCCUGGACCUGGUGGUGACAGGAGACGGGAACACCAGCUUCGCCUCCUCGGACCCCACCUCUCCCGCAGCGGCGGAUGCCAGGGAGCCCUGCCCUGUGGCCACAGAAUCGGGCGCCCGGAAAGACCCGGCCCCCGGGGACCUCCCGGCCCAGAACGUCGUGCGGCUCGGCCUGGCGCUCCUGGUCCUGGUGGCCCUCGCCUGGCUCCUGGCUGAAGACUGGCAGAGCAGGAAGAGGGCUCGUGCGAGAGCCCAGGGCGCCGCGGCUGUGGAGCGCAGGGCAAGGAGGGGGCACAGAGUCCCUGCGGAGAAGGCCGCGGCGCCCUUCCGCUUGGAGUGUGUGUGCGUGUGAGUGUGUGUGUGCAUGUGUGCGUGUGUGUGCGUGUGUGCAUGUGUGAGUGUGCGUGCG